GCACAGAACUAUUAUCUGAUGUUUAAAUCAUGGGAACUGAAACAUGCUUCCUUACUCAUUUUCAGUUUUUACUACCUACCCCUCCGUCGACCCCUGCGUUACGUUACAACGAAAGGGUUUAGGGGUUUUGUGAAGCAAUGGACGAAGAAAACCAACGAAGUGUGCCGGUUCUGCCAUGGAUGCGCCACCCCGUCGACGUCACUCGCUGUGAACAACUCUCCCUUUGCAGAGUUCCUUUUCUGGACCGCAGAUUAAAGUCGGCGCUAAAAAACAUGGAAAUCUCGAAGUUGUUCCCGGUUCAAGUUGCGCUAUGGCAAGAAACUAUUGGACCAGGUAACUUUGAGCGAGACCUUUGUAUAAACUCGCCCACAGGAAGUGGCAAAACCUUGGCUUAUGCUCUUCCCAUCGUGCAAAAGUUGUUGCCUACUUCCACUGUCAAGUGCCUUCGUGCUUUGGUUGUGGUUCCCACCCGCGACCUUGCCUUGCAGGUUAAACAGGUUUUCGAUGCUAUUGCAUUGCCAUUAGGCCUAAGUGUGGGGUUGGCUGUUGGUCAAUCUUCGGUUGCUGAUGAGAUAUCUAGUCUCGUUUACCUACCGGGGGAAGAGGAGGGUGUAGAUCCUGGGUUUUUGUCUCCGUUCUGGUUUCAAAGUAAGGUGGACAUAUUGGUGGCAACCCCCGGAAGGCUUGUGGACCAUGUCAACUUGUCUAAGGGUUUCACAUUGAAGCAUCUUCAUUAUCUUGUGGUUGAUGAAGCUGAUCGGUUGCUCCGGGAGGACUACCAGUCCUGGUUGCCCACCGUACUUAAAUCGACCCAAUCUAGCAACAAUGAUUAUGGUAAUGAUGAUGUUUUCCAAUUGGGGUUCCCUUAUUCUCCCUGGAGUAGAAGAACAUGUGGAGUUGAGAGGGGGUCUAACCCUCACUCUAGGCUGGCAAAGGUGGUUUUGUCUGCGACAUUAACUCGAGAUCCAGGACGGCUUGUUAAGCUUAAUUUGCAUCACCCUUUGUUCCUCAGUGCUGGCAAAAUGCGGUAUAGGCUCCCAGAAAAUUUGGAAUCAUUCAAACUGAUCUGUGAAAGAAAGGUCAAACCCCUGUACUUGGUUGCCCUUUUGAAAUCCCUAGGAGAAGAAAAAUGCAUAGUUUUUACAAGAUCUGUGGACUCAACACAUCGUCUAUGCAAUUUGAUGAAUUGUUUUAGAGAUCUGCAAAUUGACAUCAAAGAGUAUUCUGGUCGUCAACAUCAACGUGUAAGAAGCAAGACACUGAAUGAAUUUAGAAAAGGGCAUUUUCAAGUGCUUGUAUCUUCUGAUGCAAUGACUCGUGGAAUGGAUGUAGAAGAGGUAAGAAAUGUUAUUAAUUAUGACAUGCCCAAAUACAUAAAGACUUAUGUUCAUCGAGCUGGCAGGACUGCAAGGGCUGGCCAGACUGGGCGUUGCUUUACAUUGAUGUCAAAUGAUGAGGUUGGACGGUUUAAGAGGUUGAUGAAAAAGGCUGAGGCUAGUGCUUGUCUUGAGCAUACUGUUCCCUCCCAUUUGAUUGAAGAACUUCAUAGUACCUACCAAUCAGGUAAAUAUUUGAAAUUCGACUUUUGGUGUGUAAUGCACAAGCACCUUUCUCAACCAUUGCCAUGGGUGGAUAGACUGCAUUCAUGUUUUAAAAUACCGACAAAAUAUAAGAAACGUUUUAAAAUUUCUAAGUGAUCCAAUGGGCUGUUUUUCUGAUGUGUCCGUGUCGUCUUCAUGAUAAAAAAAAAAUACCAUAGGUUAUUGUAUUUUAACUAAUUAAUUGAGAUGAUUUUUGAUACCCAGAAAAGGAAUGAAUAUAUAAUAUUACACUUGUCCCUUCAUAAGAUUUCUAAAAUAUGAUAAUUUUAUAGCGCAUGGACCUGGGAUAGCUUAAUGCAUGAUUUCUUUUAUCUUUUUGCUAUUUAAUAGUUACUUGGAUGUUUCUUAUUCAGUGUCACGAUUCCAUUAUGCAUAGUCAGCUCCGCAGCUAUUUCCUACACUAAAAUAUAUUUCUUCCUGUACCUCAAAAAUUCUCAAUUUGUGCUUUUGUUUUUUUCAGACAGUAGUCCGAAAAUAAAUAAAAAAUGACUUUUGGAUUAUAUAGUCUGGAAGUAAAAAGUAACUUAUUUUAUAUGGGUGUGCAAAAAAAAAGACCAUGGAGCUGCAGAAAGAAACUGUUUUAUGCGUAGCAACAUAGGCCUUGGGUGAACCCAAACAUUUCUUAAUAACCUUUUUCUUUAUGCUGUUUUUUACUUACAAUACUUUUUUCACUUAAAUGUGUUGGAUGUAGAUUACAAAUUCUGGUUUAACUUAAUUCGAUGCCAAACCAGACAUGUACUAAGUCUCUGACAUGUUCCAUUGUUGGCAGCACUAUCAAAAUUAAAGGAGAUAAUAUUGGAGAGUCGCAGGAAGCCCAAGGAUAAGUCCUGUCAAUAGAUCAGAAAGAGA